ACCGGUGUGAAGCUAACCUAAAAAUAAACAACGUUAAAAAUCGUUUAUUUCUGUGAUGUUUUCUUGAAUUAAAGCAUAAAAACACUGAAUAAUUGCGUUUUAGGUUGUUUUUAACUACCCUUGUUAGAAAUAUUGUUGUAUUUGAGUGUGGAAUAAGUGUUUUUCAGUUAUAUUGUUAAAUAACGAUAUUUCGCUAUGGACGGUGAUUUAUAUGAUGAAUUCGGUAACUACGUUGGUCCGGAAUUAGAUUCCGACGAUGAAGAUGAAGAAGAGCCAGAAAUUCCGGACGAUGAAGACCAUCCGGACUACGAUGAGGAACGUAUGGAGGAAGACCCUCAGCCAAUGGCCAUAGUGCUACACGAGGAUAAACAAUAUUAUCCCUCGGCUUUACAAGUGUAUGGCCCCGAUGUUGAAACUAUAGUACAAGAGGAGGAUGCGCAGGCUUUAGAUGUUCCAUUGGUGGAACCUGUUAAGAAAAAGAAAUUUCAACUCAAAGAACAAGACCUACCUGACACAGUUUAUAGCAUGGAAUUCUUAGCAGAUAUGAUGGAUAACACAUCCUUAAUCCGCAACGUCGCCCUAGUAGGUCAUUUGCACCAUGGAAAAACAACAUUCGUAGACUGUUUAGUGAGACAAACACACCCAGGUUAUCAAGACAACGAUGAGAAGAAUUUAAGAUAUACAGACACACUUUUUACUGAACAGGAAAGAGGUUGCAGCAUAAAAUCCAUCCCGGUCACUAUGUUACUACCCGAUAUUAAAAAUAAGUCAUAUUUGAUGAACAUAUUUGAUACACCAGGUCACGUAAAUUUUUCCGAUGAAGUGACAGCAGCGAUGAGGUUAUGCGACGGCGUCGUUUUGUUCGUAGACGCCGCUGAGGGUGUCAUGUUGAAUACGGAGCGUUUACUGAAACACGCCAUACAAGAACAAAUGCAAGUCACCAUUUGCAUCAACAAAAUAGAUAGGUUGAUUUUGGAACUAAAAUUGCCACCUCAAGACGCCUACUACAAGUUGAGGCACAUAGUAGAGGAAAUCAACGGAUUAAUGACGUUGUAUUCAGACGAUGCCAAUCCACAAAUUGUUUCGCCAGUUAUGGGAAAUGUCUGUUUUGCUAGCUCUCAAUAUGGUGUUUGUUUUACUCUGAAAUCUUUUGCUAGUAUUUAUAAUUUGUAUUAUGGCGAAGUUAAUAUUGAUGAGUUUUCUAAAAGGUUAUGGGGAGAUAUUUAUUUUAGCAACAAAACGCGUAAGUUCUCGAAAAAAGCCCCUCACAACUCCGCGCAGCGAAGUUUUGUGGAAUUCAUACUGGAACCCCUUUACAAAAUAUUCGCGCAAGUCAUCGGGGACGUAGACGCCUCCCUAGCCGACGUACUAGAAGAACUGGGCAUUAAACUGACGAAAAACGAGAUGAAACUCAACAUACGCCCUCUGUUGAGAUUGGUUUGCAACCGAUUUCUCGGCGAUUUUUCCGGUUUCGUUAACAUGUGCGUCGAACACAUAAAGUCGCCCUUGGAAAACGCCAAGACAAAGAUUAAUCACGUUUAUACAGGCCCUAACACGUCGAAAGUGUACACGGACAUGGCUAACUGCGAUCAAGAGGGAUUGCUGAUGGUGCACAGCUCGAAAAUGUAUCCCACAGAGGACUGCACCUUUUUCCAAGUCUUGGGUAGAGUAAUGAGUGGUACUUUACAUGCUGGUACUGAUGUUAGGAUUUUGGGAGAAAAUUACACAUUGCAAGAUGAAGAAGACAGUCGAAUUUUGACUGUGGGUCGAUUGUGGAUAUAUGAAUCUAGGUACAAGGUGGAACUAAAUAGGGUACCUGCAGGGAAUUGGGUUUUAAUUGAAGGCAUCGAUCAAAGCAUUGUUAAAACUGCAACAAUAGCAGAUUUAACGAUUUGUGAGGAUUUGUACAUUUUUAGACCGUUAAAAUUCAAUACACAGAGUAUUAUUAAAAUUGCUGUUGAGCCUGUUAAUCCCUCAGAACUACCCAAAAUGUUGGACGGUUUAAGAAAAGUGAACAAAUCAUAUCCAUUGUUGACCACAAAAGUGGAAGAAAGUGGAGAACAUGUCGUUUUAGGUACAGGGGAAUUAUAUUUGGACUGUGUAAUGCACGAUUUAAGAAAAAUGUAUUCCGAAAUCGACAUAAAAGUUGCGGAUCCGGUGGUGGCGUUCUGCGAAACAGUGGUGGAAACUUCAUCGCUAAAAUGUUUCGCCGAAACUCCAAAUAAAAAAAAUAAACUUACGAUGAUCGCGGAACCUUUGGAAAAAGGUUUAGCUGAAGAUAUCGAAAACGAAAAUGUCGUGAUUAAUUGGAAUAAGAAAAAGCUGGGCGAAUUUUUCCAAACCAAAUACGAUUGGGAUCUCUUGGCCGCGAGAAGCAUAUGGGCUUUCGGACCUGACAACACUGGCCCUAAUAUUCUUGUGGACGACACUCUGCCCUCUGAAGUCGACAAAGGUCUACUAUCCUCAGUAAAAGAUUCUAUCGUGCAAGGUUUUCAAUGGGGUACAAGGGAAGGGCCUCUGUGCGAAGAACCUAUUCGAAAUACAAAGUUUAAAAUAUUGGACGCGGUAAUUGCCGGUGAACCUCUACACCGAGGAGGCGGGCAAAUUAUUCCAACGGCGCGUAGAGUUGUUUAUUCUGCAUUUUUAAUGGCCACGCCAAGGUUAAUGGAGCCAUAUUUGUUUGUCGAGGUUCAGGCACCUGCAGACUGCGUUUCUGCAGUUUAUACAGUAUUGGCUAAAAGAAGGGGUCACGUAACUCAAGAUGCACCAGUCCCUGGUUCGCCUUUAUACACCAUUAAAGCUUUUAUACCGGCAAUUGACAGUUUUGGCUUUGAAACCGAUCUUAGAACACACACGCAAGGCCAGGCUUUCUGUCUGUCAGUUUUUCACCAUUGGCAGAUUGUCCCUGGGGAUCCCCUGGACAAAAGCAUCGUUAUCCGUCCGCUGGAACCGCAACCCGCGACGCACCUCGCCAGGGAGUUCAUGAUCAAGACGCGGCGGAGGAAAGGUUUGAGUCAGGACGUUUCAAUUAACAAGUUCUUCGACGAUCCCAUGUUGCUAGAACUUGCUCGUCAAGACGUCAUGCUAAACUACCCCCUUUUGUAAUUGUAAUUAAAUAGGUUACAGAUUUUAAUUAAUAAAAGUUAUGUCUA